UCCGGUUGUAGUUCUUCGCGUGCCCAUUGAUUGGCUUACGGAAUUGUGGUGUUGUGGUGGAAUAUUCCCAUGGAAAAAUAGUGUUAUUCGUUUUCAAUUUCUCGUUUAAAUGAAUUAUGACUUGUUUUACAUUCUAUUUAAUGCCAAACUAAUUACAUCACACGAACUAUGAUAACUAAAAUGCAACCUCAAGCUAACGUCGCUGUGCCUCAAUCUGUCACGACACAGCCUCAGCAAAUAGUCGGUGUCCCCGCAAAUGCCGUAAUAUUGAAGAUGUCUGACAUCCAGCAAAUAUCGACAGUCGGGCUUCUGGAGCUUGCGCACCGAGAGUACCAGGCGGGUGAUUACGAGAGUGCGGAGUUGCAUUGCAUGCAGCUCUGGCGACAGGACAGCUCCAACACCGGGGUGCUCCUGCUGCUCUCCUCCAUUCACUUCCAAUGCCGACGGCUGGACAAAUCGGCGCAUUUUUCGACGCUUGCGAUCAAGCAAAAUCCUCUCUUGGCGGAAGCCUACAGUAACCUUGGGAACGUAUUUAAAGAGCGAGGCCAACUCCAAGAGGCUCUUGAGAACUACAGACAUGCCGUCAGACUGAAGCCAGACUUCAUCGAUGGCUACAUUAAUCUGGCUGCAGCGCUUGUGGCCGCAGGGGAUAUGGAGCAGGCUGUGCAGGCCUAUGUCACAGCGUUACAGUAUAAUCCUGACCUAUACUGCGUCAGGAGCGACCUGGGAAAUUUGCUCAAGGCGCUGGGACGCCUGGACGAGGCAAAGGCUUGUUACUUGAAGGCCAUCGAAACAAGGCCAGACUUUGCAGUGGCAUGGAGCAAUUUGGGAUGUGUAUUUAACGCCCAAAGUGAGAUCUGGUUGGCCAUUCAUCACUUUGAGAAGGCCGUGGCCUUGGAUCCCAACUUUUUGGACGCCUACAUUAACUUAGGAAAUGUUCUCAAGGAAGCAAGGAUUUUUGACAGGGCCGUAGCCGCCUAUCUACGCGCUUUAAACCUAUCACCAAACAACGCCGUCGUCCACGGCAAUCUGGCUUGCGUCUACUACGAGCAGGGCCUGAUCGACCUGGCCAUAGAUACGUAUAGAAGGGCCAUAGAGCUCCAGCCCAACUUCCCUGACGCCUACUGCAACUUGGCGAACGCUCUGAAAGAGAAAGGCCAAGUCGUCGAUGCCGAAGAGUGCUAUAAUACAGCUCUGCGUCUCUGCCCGUCACAUGCAGAUUCUCUCAACAAUUUAGCUAAUAUCAAACGUGAACAAGGAUAUAUCGAGGAGGCUACGCGACUAUACCUGAAGGCUUUAGAAGUCUUCCCAGAAUUCGCAGCUGCUCACAGCAAUUUAGCUUCAGUGCUACAACAACAAGGCAAACUCAAUGAAGCUCUCAUGCAUUAUAAAGAGGCUAUCCGCAUCCAGCCAACAUUCGCGGAUGCUUACAGCAAUAUGGGUAACACGCUUAAAGAGAUGCAGGAUGUCGCAGGAGCGCUCCAGUGUUACACCAGAGCCAUCCAGAUUAACCCAGCUUUCGCAGACGCCCACAGCAAUCUCGCAAGCAUCCACAAAGACUCUGGGAACAUUCCUGAAGCCAUACAGUCCUAUAGAACCGCCUUGAAGCUGAAGCCAGACUUCCCUGACGCGUAUUGCAAUUUAGCCCACUGCUUGCAAAUUGUAUGCGACUGGACGGACUAUGAAGCCCGAAUGAAGAAAUUAGUCAGCAUUGUUGCUGAACAGUUGGACAAGAACAGACUUCCGUCGGUCCAUCCGCACCAUUCCAUGCUGUACCCACUCACACAUGACUUUAGAAAGGCUAUCGCCGCUCGCCACGCAAAUCUUUGCUUAGAGAAAGUCCAAGUACUACACAAACCUCCAUACAAAUUCCCUCGCGAUCUCCAAGGCCGUCUUCGUAUCGGUUACGUGAGCAGUGAUUUCGGAAACCAUCCUACAUCGCAUUUAAUGCAAUCUGUACCCGGCUUGCAUGACCGUAACAAGGUUGAGAUCUUCUGCUACGCUCUAAGUAUAGAUGACGGCACAACCUUCCGUUCUAAAAUCGCAAGAGAAGCUGAACACUUCAUAGAUCUAUCCCAAAUGCCCUGCAACGGAAAGGCUGCUGACAAAAUCUACGCAGACGGCAUCCAUAUCCUUGUGAACAUGAAUGGGUACACUAAAGGAGCAAGGAAUGAGAUAUUCGCCCUCCGACCCGCACCAGUCCAAGUUAUGUGGCUUGGUUACCCAGGAACCAGUGGAGCUAGCUACAUGGACUAUCUAGUAACUGACGCCGUCACAUCUCCGCUAGAACUAGCCAGCCAAUACAGCGAGAAGCUCGCAUACAUGCCUAAUACAUACUUCGUUGGUGAUCAUAAGCAAAUGUUCCCUCAUUUGCAAGAGCGUCUAAUCUUAAGCGACAAAAUCAAGUCUCACAAUAACCUCGGCAGCCUGGCGGACAACGUUGCGGUCAUUAAUGCUACAGAUUUGUCGCCUUUAGUGGAGAAUACUGAUAUUAAGGAGAUCAAAGAAGUGGUGAGGGCUGCUCGACCAGUGGAGAUAUCGCUGAAAGUAGCCGAGUUACCGACGACCACGCCUAUUGAGACUAUGAUUGCUUCCGGACAAGUUCAGACUUCAGUAAACGGUGUAAUACUCCAAAACGGCCUGGCAACCACGCAAACCAACAACAAAGCAGCAACGGGCGAAGAAGUACCACAAUCCAUCGUAAUCACCACCCGACAACAAUACGGGCUUCCCGACGACGCUGUAGUUUACUGCAACUUCAACCAGCUGUACAAGAUAGACCCGUUGACGUUGCAUAUGUGGGUGUACAUACUGAAGCAUGUGCCGAACAGCGUGCUGUGGUUGCUGAGGUUCCCCGCUGUCGGCGAGCCUAACCUGCAGGCCACGGCUCAACAGUUAGGUCUACCGCCCGGCCGCAUUAUCUUCUCGAACGUAGCCGCCAAAGAAGAGCACGUACGGCGAGGACAGCUAGCCGACGUGUGCCUGGACACUCCGCUGUGCAACGGCCACACCACCAGCAUGGACAUCCUGUGGACCGGCACGCCCGUCGUCACGCUGCCCGGAGAGACGUUAGCGUCCAGAGUGGCAGCUUCUCAACUCAACACACUGGGGUGCCCAGAGUUAAUAGCUAGGACGAGGCAAGAAUAUCAAGACAUAGCUGUAAGAUUAGGAACCGAUAGAGAAUAUUUAAAAGGCAUCCGCGCGAAAGUGUGGGCGGCGCGAACGGAGAGCCCGCUGUUCGACUGCAAGGCGUACGCCGCCGGGCUCGAGGCGCUGUACCGCGCCAUGUGGCGGCGCGUCGCGCGCGGCGAGCGGCCCGACCACCUCGCCGCCGCCGACCAGUAGGCGCGCCGGGAGCGUACUCUGUACAUUGCCACUUCGGACUUCACACGUUGAGAUGACUUGCUGAGUUUCCACUAUAUUCCUUACAUAAUAAGGGGUUUUUUCAACUGACAAUGCUUAUUUGACGUGUUAAAAUGCAUCGAAUUUCAACCCAAAAGCGAUAAUCGACAGUGUUUAAAGACUUCGCGGACGUAUGGUGCAUUAAGGUUAAUUAGUACAAGUGGUAAAAAUCAAAGAUUAUUUCACCUUGUUAAUAAUUUAUGCCUCAGCAUGUUGAUAACGUAAUGUUAUGAUGAGCUCAUAAAUCUCGUGCUUUAGAUUGUUAUCGUGCGAUGACAUCAUAAACGUAAUAUUGUAAUUUUCCAAGUACCGAUUAUGGUAUGUCAUGUUACAAUAAAGGUGUUAAUAUGAUCUAAAUUACGCAUCCUGGUUUCAUACCAACAGUGAACAGUGGUAAAAGACAAUUUUAAAAUGAGACGUAAGGAGAACUGUGAGUGCAGCAACUAUGAGUGUGACAAUAUCCUUUAGACUUUUCCUCCACAGCUUGUGGGAUCCCGUCUACUUAGUUUUUCUAGUCAAUCGCUUGAGUAAUCUCCAUGGGGGCCGAUUUUUAACAUUUUGUCGAUUUUUUCCUUAGAUUUCGAUUAAAUUUGGCUGGUUUGAAUAACUCUCCUCAUUCUGGGCGGGAUAAAUACGAAAUGCCAAAUUGACAAGACAUUUGUAUGUAUUUCCCGUUGAUUCACGUUUUCGUAACUUACGAGAAAGAUUUUUUAAAUUGCGCUUAUAUUGUACAGAAUAGGGAAUGCACGCGAUCCAUCAAAUUCUAUCACAAUCUGACGAAUAAAAAAAUCGACAACUAUAAAAAUCGGCCAAUUUACUGCGCAGAUAAUAUAUUUUUCGAAGCUAAAAGUAUAUAGUAAUAGAAAUGUGGCCUUUUAGGCAGCAGAUUGCUGUUUUAACUAUUUGUCUUUGCUGUGCGACGUACUCAUAAAAUGAAUCGGUUCGUAAAUAAAUAUUGACUGCGAUGUUUACGAAUGAAACAAUGUUUAGUUUCAUUGUUAUUUUUACUGUUGAUAAUAUUAAUGGGUUAUCGCAUAUUUUAAUGUAUUUUUAUGUAUGACAGUAAUGGAUUCCAUAAACGUUUUGUAAAUGCUUUGAUAAGCAAAGUUACGAGACAUUUAAAGUUGCCAAAAAUAGAAAUAUUAAUUAGUAUGAACUAGAACAUUCGGAAUCCGGUACCAGAAUGAAUAUUUGAGUGUUUCUAAAGACAUCAUCCUCAAAGACAUUAGUGAUUGUCGUUUAUGUAAAAACUUGAUAAAAAGUAACUCUUCCUUUGCUGGAAAGCGUAAGGGUGUCCGCUAGCUAGCGCGGGUGCACGGACGCAUGGCGGACGAACGCGGGUGCCAUUGUAGGUAAAAUCCGUCGCUCGCCUCCGCGCCAGUUAGCGUUGCUCAUACUAUUUUUCGUUAACCCGCUCACCCGCUCUGUGCAACCGCGUCAGCUAGCGGACGCCCUAAAGCUUAAUAUAUCAUAUUAUGCAAAAUAAGUCUUUGAAGUUAAUGACGGCUAAAGAUGUGCAAGUUGCAGAAUGUUUCCAAAAAGUUCUCGAAAAUUUCACAGGAAACAAAGGAAACGUUCUUUUUGUUAAUGGAAAAUUUCGAUGCGAGUAGCUUAGAAACUUUUUCCAAGUUAAUAUUUCGCAAUUUUGGAAACUUCGCUAUUCAAAUGUUCGAAUAAUACCUACGCUAUUAUUGGGGCUACAUGAGUAAGACUGAACAUGAUCCCAAGCUGCAACUGACAAUUUAAGUUCGUUAGUUCAAUUUCACUAUUAGUCACUCAGUGGGUUUCUUCCUAUAGUUGUUAAGAUAGACGCUAAAGUAUUGUGAUAGUAUAUCUAAUGGCUAUAUACAUUGUUAUUAGACAAUUGUGAUGUGAGAGUCAGAAUCGCGGGUGUACCUAAAUAAAAUCAAAUGAAAAGCAUACCAUAUUUUUGUACCUAAUUUGUACUAUUUAGUACCUCGUUUAAAAAAAAUUGUACCUCACGGUACGUAAAGUUAUGAUCAAAAAACAGGUCACCCGCCAUCCUGACAGUCAGAAUGGCGGGUGUACUUUAUUACGCUAUGUUCCCGUGGUUAUUGAUAAAUUCUAUAAAAGCCAAAUUUUUGUACCUUUUUUGUACCUUCAUAUUCAAUUAUAAUAUGAGUCAUUUUAUUUGUGCUUUCCAAGUUUUACUCAUUUUAUAUUUUGCUUGCUAUUACAAUUUUGCAGGCGUUAAAAUUUUUCAAGUUAUCGAUUUAAUUUUUAAGAAAAAACGCUAAGGUACAAUUAUUUUUAUUACGCCAGGAUUUAGUACCUUUAAUGUUUAAUCUGUUAAGUUCAAAUAACUUAGAAAAUCAUGUCUUAAAAAUGAUUUUUCUUAGGAAGAUUUCUUUGAAUUAGCGCCUAGCCUUUUUUAACGCUAAGGUACAAAUUAUUUUUAUUACGUCAGGAUUUAGUACCUUUAAUGUUUCAUCUGUUAAGUUCUAAUAGCUCAGAAAAUCAUGCCUUAAAAAUGAUUUUUCUUAGGAAGAUUUCUUUGAAUUGGCGCCUAGCCUUUUUUAAGACAUGAUUUACUGAGUUAUUUGAACUUAACAGAUUAAACAUUAAAGGUACUAAAUCCUGGUGUAAUAAAAAUAAUUGUACCUUAGCGUUUUUUCUUAAAAAUGAAAUCGAUAAUUUGAAAAAUUAUAACGCCUGCAAAAUUGUAAUAGCAAGCAAAAUAUAAAAUGAGUAAAACUUGGAAACCAAAAAUAAAAUUACUCGUAUUAUAAUUGAAUAUGAAGGUACAAAAAAGGUACAAAAAUUUGGCUUUUAUAGAAUUUAUCAAUAACCACGGGAACAUAGCGUAAUAAAGUACACCCGCCAUUCUGACUGUCAGGAUGGCGGGUGACCUGUUUUUUGGUGAUAACUUUAAGUACCGUGAGGUACAAUUUUUUUUAAAGGAGGUACUAAAUAGUACAAAUUAGGUACAAAAAUAUGGUAUGCUUUUCAUUUGAUUUUAUUUAGGUACACCCGCGAUUCUGACUCUCACAUUGUGAUGUUAUUUCUCAAUAUUCGACAUCUGCCGUUGUAUUAGUAUUAGCUCUGGAUAUUUAUUUUGUUGCGUGCGUCAACGAAUUUAACAUAGUUUGUGCCUUUAAGUUAAUUUAAAGAUUUUGUAAAUAUUAUAACUAAGCAUGUUUUCUUUUAUACCAUGCCACAAUGAAUUUAAAUAAGUAUUUAAAUACUGAUAGAUGUACCUAAUGUAAAAAGUCCUUUAAAAAAAAUUACCCUUUGAACGACAUGCUUAUCGUGCGAUGCGCGUCAUAGUGAACCUUGUCGUAAUGCAGGAAGGUUGAUAUUGGGAUGCAGCUUCGCGCGUCCGUUGCGUCUUUAGCAGUCAAAGGUUAAACUUUAAGGCCUCAUUCGCACGAGAGCUUAAAAGCGUUGCGUUAAACCUGACGUUACCCGUACGCUAAAUUCGAUCUAACGGCCAACGAUCAAAGUCGAAAAUCCAACAACGCACCAUGAAAAUUUGCGUUAUUCAAACUUUUUAAUACGCGUUGAAAAAGCAUUCGUGCCACUGGGGUAUAAGUGAGUUACAAUUGCAUUUAAGCAUCGCUUUCUUGAAUUACACGCUGUUUGUAAUCGAUUACAUGUAUAUUGGUUUACUAAAGAGGUAUAUUUUUUUACAUUUCAGUAUUUUUGGCUAGGUAAUCGGGACGUGUAACGAUGAAGUUUCGAGUAGACGAAUUGUAAUUCUUGACUAUUUAUUGCGUACAAAUGAGUUGAGAAGUUGAUAGUGUGACGAACCCAGUUGAUACCUUUGUAACUUCCGGUUGACUUUAUUGUAAAUAGUUGAUAUUUAAGGAUAUAAAUAAACAAGAAAACAGUGAAAA